AUGGCGCCCCGGCCAUCACUCCUGGGCAUCAGCUCGGCGCUAUGGCUAUUGUUCGCAAGCUUUGCGCACGACGCUGCGGCCCACCCUUUCCCGAAAGAUGACCUGCACGCAGCGGGCUACGGCUAUCUCAUGCCCCGCCAAUGCAACCAAUACUGCGGCUACAACAACAUGUUCUGCUGCGAAGAGGGAACCCAAUGCUACACCGCCAACGGCAUUGCCGGCUGCUCCUCGGACGCAGGCGGCGGCUGGGCUCGGUACACGACCACAUGGACCCUGACGCAGACCUUCACCAAGACCUACAACUCCUUCGUCCCGGCCGCGACCGCCCCGCCCGGCACCGGCGACUGCGUCCCACCCGAGGGCUCGGGCCAGAUUGCCUGCGGGAACAUCUGCUGCGCCAGCUGGCAAUAUUGCGCCUACAAGGGACACGGCACCGCGACCACCACCAACACUGACACGGCCGCGGGGGCCGCCACCAGCACCGGCGCGGUGAACCCGGGGGGCACGGCGGGCGGGCUGAGCGGCGGGGCGAUCGCGGGCAUCGUCAUCGGCACGAUCGCGGGCGUGGCGUUGCUGCUGCUCAUCUGCGCGUGCUGCGUGGUGCGUGGCCUGUGGCACGGCCUGCUGGCUCUGCUGGGCAUCGGCGGCCGCAAGAAGAAGACGGAGACGGUCAUCGAGGAGGAGCGCUACGAGCGCCGCGGCUCCUCCCACACCCACCGCGACAACCACGGCUCCUGGUACGGUGGGCGUCCGGCCUCGGCCAGCGCCCGCAAGGAGAAGAGCAAGGGCGCCGGUCUGCUGGGCAUGGGCGCCGCGUUGGGUACGCUGGCCUUGCUGCUGGGGUUGAGGAGGGAUCAUAAGAAGAAGGCCGCUCCGGCCAAGACCCGCAGCGACGUCGCUAGCAGCUACUGGUCGGAUUCCUACACCGCCACGAGUCCAAGCUCAAGAAGCAGCGACAGACGAACCCGUCACUCGCGGAACAGCCGGGCGCCGAGCAGGGUGACCCGGACGACACACACCCGCACCCGCGUGUCGAGGUCGAGAGGACCAUCAGUACGAUCGCAACGGUCGCCGAGGCCAUGA